CCACGGGCGGAAUCAUGGAGACCGAUUUUAUCAAUAGGGUUAAGAUUCGUAAGUCUCUUUUCGCCCACUUUAACCUCAAAUUUGUCUUGUUUCCGCCCAUUAUUCCAUCAAAUUUCAUCAGUUAAAUUUUGUGUGUACAGUUUCGUAAUGAUUUUCGAGACUAAAUUCCAGUCGUGUUCAAGUUUUCUGUCUUUUUAUGAGGAGAAAUGAUGGGAGACUACCUAUCCGCCUCCUCCAGCAUUGCUAACCUGAUUUGGAGUACGAUGAGCAAAUUGCAGCACACCCGAGCGCGGUUAGAGGGCGAAGAUGAGAUCCUCUAAAUCUGGAUCACCGAAGGACGGUCAGAGCAAAAAUCAAUCCAAAGAGACAUUCUGGCAAAAGCGAGUAAGUCAAGUGGAGAGCGUGCUACUAAAUAAGAACAAAAGCAAACAAAACAGCAGCAAAGAAACGAAGGACAAGAAAAAACAACAUCAGACCGCCGGCGAGCAACUAGAGUGUCUGAAAAAAGCAUUAGAGAGUCUAACGCAGAAAGAAGCCGAACAUUCGAAACGACAACCAAAAGACUCAACUUUUGACUCCGCACCCCCAACAGAAGUCGAAAAUCUGCUGAAAAAUGUCAGGUCUGACGACAUCCUCUGCUACUCGGACGGAAAGAACAGCUUAAUAUACUGUCCCUCCGAAAAGGGCAUUAACUCGGACUUGGAUGUCUCGGACGAAAGGAGGGGUGGAUCUGCCUCUAAAUCGACGGUAAAGAGGAGUGCUUCGCCAGAGCCCUGCAAGAAAAUACGAGGAGGAGAGGAGCCAUACCACCCAACGAGAGAGGUCUGCGAUGGUAAGAACACGCGAGGCGGGUCGUCCAAUCAUCGGAUGAGCGUCGAUAGGAGACAUUCGGAUCGGUGCAAGAGGGAUGAGAAACGGGAACCGAGGGAGUGCUGCAGAGCAGACGUCAAAAAAUCAAGCGAGAAAAAGCCAAAAUGGAGCGAGGCGUGCAAACAAAUCUGCAAGAAGAAAGCGCCACAAGAAUGCUCCAAGACGGGGCACCUGAGCGCGGGCAGAGGCCGCACGCGGUCGGACGACGAAGAGAGCUUAAAGGGGCGGUGUAAGAGGAGACACUCGGACGUGGAGGAGCGAGGAAAGAAAGGAGGACGGACAGAGGAAAAGGACACAAGAUCUCGUGGAAGUCAAGCGAGUUUAAAGAGGUCAUCGGGGAGACAUGGCUCUCGAGAUAGGGAGCGACAUCGGGAUCGCAACUGCCGGACGGAAGCGAAGCGAAGCUGCUCGCGGUCGCGGAAGGAGGACGCGGACCGCGAGCGGAGGCGGAGGAGCCACAGGAGCGGGACCCGCGAGAAGACCGAGGCCGGCAGGUCGGUGUCGCGGGAGCCGGAGACGCCGCCCAAACGGAGGUCCAGCCUCAAGCGGACCUCCCCGAGCACCCGGAGGUCCAGCUCCAGCGGGUACCUCCGGGACAGUUACGGCAACGAACCGUUGCCACCACUAGGCUAUCCAGCGCAGUGUCCCCCGUACCCCAACUCUUCAUACCCCAUGCAGAAUGGCACGAUGCCCGCUUGGAAUUCCACGCUCCCGCCAAUCUCACCGGUUCCAUAUCCCGACGGCUCUUUCGGGGCCCAGUGCGGGUUCAUGGAUCCCGAGUUCGACGCCAGUUCCAUCCGCUACCCGCAAGGUCCUGCCAUGAGUACCCCCAUCCCGCGGAGGAAUCCAAGAGUUGGUGGGCAUAUGGAUUGUCCCUCGGGUGGCUACAUGGAGACCCUACCGGAGCACACCAUGGGGUCGGGCUACUCCCAACGCCCGUCUAUGGCCCAUCAUUCCAUGACACCUCUUCCGAUUCUGCGGGGCUCCAGAGGACCGCCUGGUGGUCCUGCGAUGAACGCUUCGGCAGCGAUGAGUGCUCCAGCUAUGUACGGACGUUCUGCAUCUUCGAUUCCCGGUCGCCCUGUUGGCGUCUCUUUCCCGCCGCAAUCGCCCUACCAAGGACAACAGUUCCCGAGCCAAGAUCGUCCGGUUUCCACUCCGUCCGGUGGUAUUGCUUGUUGCAAUACGUGUUGCAGGCCGGCUCCGUGCUGUUGCCCCACCCAGUUUUGCGUGGUCGAUAAUCCGUGCGCAGCGUGCGCCGACCCCGAGUACUACGAGUGCGGCGAGCACAUCCACGAGACCCCGUCGCCGAUGUGCAACUAUCACCGCUACAUGUGCGAGAGGCAGAAGUCGGCCAUCGCCGAGAGCACUGCCGAGCUGGACAACACCUAUCUUCGUGACUGCAUGCCCAUGUCGGCGCCUCGUUUCGACAAAACCAAGUUACACGCCGACCCCAAAGGCCGCCGUCUCCAGCCCAGCCUCAGUUGUCACGGUCUCAGCCCUUCUCAACUCCAGCACCCUGUCGACCCGCAAAUGAUGAGCCUCCUCUACAGAAAUAAACUGGAUAAGGAGAAGACUCCUGAAUCUACCGGGGUUCUUCGAGGUGGAGCUAGUUCAUUCCAAAGUGCUCCAUCCAACAUCAGAACUUCGUCCUCUCCCGGAACAACGCAAAAUUUCCGGUCCUCGUCCCCCUCUAGGACUUCGCGUAUUCCCAGGAAACAACCUGCUCGAGGAACUCCGUCUAUUCCUGAUGAAGUGGAACAGCAGGAUUCAUUUUGCCCUGAACUGCCGUAUGAUGAUGGCGCCAGGUAUUGUAUCCCCGGGACUUCGUUCUCAAAACGCCUUCCACAAAUCGAUGAUGCAACCAAUCGUGCAAUUCUCAAUUCUCCGUACCCGUCCAAAACUGAUAAUAUACCAGAAGUAUCGGUAUUUUUAGAUGCAGGAGCUAAUGGUCGUGAUAAAAGUUCCUGCUCUCCUCUCACGUCAGGCAUUUCCAAUAAAACCAACUACUGUGCCUCCCAAAAUUAUCCUCCAGCUCAGAAAACACCUAGUCACUCGUGCCCUGAAAUUCCGCUUCCUCCAAAUUUUGAUUCACAGCAAUAUUUAGCGCCCCCCAGUUGCACUUCUCGCAGUUUGUCGUGCAAAAUAAUCAAUGCAUUCCGAAACGCUGCUGCUGAAUGUUCAUGCCCCGGAAGACCAUUGUAUGAUCGUUGGAGAUCUGAAAACUGCGAUGAAUGCCAAAAUUACGCCCCUAUAUCCAGGAACACUCCUGUGUUUUCGGGAAAUGCUAAUGUGCCCACGUGCCCAGGUGUGACGGGAACUCAGACUGUCACAGAUCUAACUGGUUACACGGUUUCUAUAACUCCAAUCGCUACGGGCUUACAAGGUGCAGGAAUGGAACCAGGCACUGCAACUGCAUCCACUCCCUUGCGUUGUGCUACAAACAAGGACUCCUCCGCGUCUGUACCUCAAACAGGUAUUGACACAGCUGAGCAAUGCCACGCCGCGACUGCACCUGCCUCAACAGUGCCUGAGUCAUCUGCAUCAGUACCUUCAAAAUUCGACGCAUGUAGAAAACUGCCUUUUUACUCUCAUAACAAUGAUACUCUCCGUCAGACAGGUUUUGGUACAGCCAGUCCAUAUACCCAUGAUGUAUCUACAAAUGCACUCCCUGGAGCACUUCCUGGUGGUCCAUGUUCCGUUCCUCCCGUUCCUCCUACUGCAUGCUCUAUAUCCCGUGUAGCACCAGUUGCAUACUCUGCGGCUCCCACAACUCCAUCUCCAUGUCACAUUGCUGCUUCAUCUCCCACCACAUGUGCCGUGACUUCUACACCGCAGACUUCAGUUGAUCCGACUGCCCCUCCUCCUCCUCAGGAUUGUGACAAUGCAAAAAUCUCGAAGGUUGCAUCGACUCAAUAUUUUGACACACCCAGAUCUGAAUCUCCUACCCUCCAGACGUUCAACGACGAAUUAGGUUACACCAUCACUAUAACUCCUACUGUUCGUUUACCUGCUGACAAUCUUGACUCUGGCACUCCUGUAUCCAAUACUGUUUCCAACGCAGGCGAAUACUCGGUCACCCUUAAACCUCCUACUUCGGAACUUCGUAAUAAACCUCAAACUUCUGCAUCACACAUAUCUCGGACAGUGACAGAUGCCGGGUAUUCUGCUCCCUUAAAUUUACAUACCACGGCAAUUUCCGACACCCCAAUUCAGGAGAUUUACAAAAAUCCAGCUGGACAAUCAGUUUCUGUAGUCUCACCCAGUCAAGUUGUUCCCGAUACCGGCGAAUAUUUGAUAUCCGUAAAAUUUCCUCCACCGGGAACACAGACGCAGAAGCACUCACGAAAGCAUGCAGUUCGAGGGGGUGCAACGCCUACGGCACUUUCAAAUGGUUCGAGCUAUAUAGACAGUGCUGGUAACCCUCUUUCUGAAGGAAAAGUGUUGCGUAAGCAAUCACGCAAAUGUCAUAGCGUAAAAAACGCCAAAGCUGCCCGGAACACUGUAAAAAAUGCGACUAAACCCAUCCCUGUAAAGAAACCGCGUAAGCAUCGAAAGCAUGGAGCCUCCAAACCCAAAUCAACUUCAGAACUUUCAAAAUCAUCAAGAAAUAAAACGUUGGCUUUAUCUUUAUCAGUUUCGCCAAAUUUCUCAGCGUCAUCUACGUCUUCAUCGUCGUCUGGUGGCUCUCCGCUGGAAAUUUCAUCAAGGCAAUUAAGGUCAAAGAAGCAAAAAAAACCGAACCAUCAUAAAGAGUCGAAAAAACAUUACUCAAAGAAGCAACACCGCCGAAAGACUUUCCGCCGGGAAUCAAAAGAAUGUGAGAGUGAUAGUAACUUUAUUAUUGAGGAGGAGGGGACUUCAGAAGAGACAUCAGAGUCAUCUAGCGUGAGCUCAACCAGUUCCAGCGGUUGCGAAGAUCUACAAAACAAGCAGACACAGGAGCAGCUGCAGAAGGUCCUGUGCCCCGAUUCGUUUCCUGAGAUGGACACGAUUUCUCGUUGCACAAGCUCAUCAAGCUUUAAAACUUGGUGUAGAGGGGUCUUUCAGAAAAUAACUGACAAAGAAAGGUCAGCGCAAUUUUCCAAAAAAGGUGGAAAACCUGGAUGCACUUCGUAUUCGAAAUCGCCAAGCGAGACUAAAGGAGCGAAGUCGAAUCGGUUUUGUAAGUUUUUUUCCUCUCUCAAUUCAUCUUUAAGUCCAAAAAGCACUCAAAAAGUAUCUAACUGUUCCUGCGCAGACGUAAAGUCUAGAUGUCCCGUCCACCAGAAACAUACAGAGGUUCUCCCUGAAAAAACAAAACCACGUAAACCCUGUAAACCCAAAAAACGAUCUAGGGCGGCUAUUUCAUCCCAUCAAGAUCAUUCUGAUGAGUCUGAUGAUUCGAUCUUAAAGCGGACGCACAAGUCUACUCCUGAAACUUCAAAACAGCCGGACGUCCAAAAGCGGUCAAAAAAGGCAAAUCGUUUGCCCUCAAAUCAGGUCAAGGAGUCCGAUCUUUCCGAUGAUGAUCAAUUUAUCAAAUCUGAAACUGAUGACUCUGAACAAUCUGAAAAUUCUACCGUUUUUCCUUUAAAACAUUCAGGGAAGGCUUCCUCUCCAAAUUCAGAUCACCACUUUGAUUCUUCUCUUGAAAAUACACAGCAUUCUGAACAGUCUGUUUCUGAUAUCUUGCAACAAUCUAGGAAAGCCGCUGGGAAGUCUGUUUCCGCUGGUUCACAACAAUAUAGAUCAUCUACCCUUUUCAUUCAAGAGCAGCCAAGCCAGUCUGAUUUGAUAAAACCUACACGAUCUUUGAAGUCUGUGUCCUCCGUCUCUAAACAUCUUGGGAGGUCAAUUCACUCCAGCGUAGGUUUACUAAGUCAGAUUGGCUCUAUAAGCUCAAAAAAUUCGGGCUCUGUCGCCGCUACUUUGAAACACUCCAGGGGAACCAUUUUUUAUGAUCCAGACUAUUCUAGCAAACACGUCUUACAUGUAAAAUACCCGCAACAGUCUGAAAAUGUCAUGCCUAGAGUUGCUGAUUCCGCCUUCUAUAAACCUGGAGAAAAAUCUGAAAGGCCGGAGUCCGAUAUCACUGGAUCUGGUGGAAAAAAGACUUAUGAAUCAGUGUUUGGUGCGACACUCUCUGAAGAGCAAACGAAUGAGUCGAUAUAUGGAGAGCCUGUGUGCCGUAUUCCUCGAAUAAUUAGUUACGGGGAAUUUCUUCAGGAUAACUCAAAUAUUCGUUUCCCGUUGAUGUGUAAAGAGAAAGCCAUUGAAGAACGAAUGGCAAAUGCACGAACCUCAUUUUACAAUUAUCUCACGUCCGCUGAGAAAGAUGAGCUUCGCGAAAAAUUGUGUGGCAUUGGCCAUCAAGCGAGGAGAGAAACUGGUCAAAAAGAACACACAUUAGACCAAAGCAAGCAAUCAAUAGACUAUAUCAGGCAAUCAACAGACCAAAAGAGAUAAUUAAAAGGCCAAAACAAUCAUUCUUAGAACAGUAAUGUGAUCAUUGGAAAAUUUUUACUUAUCAUUCAGAGAGGCUGAAGAAUGGGUAGAUAUAUCGAGUCUCUUGAUCACAAGGGAUUAGACUUGACGUUCUAAAUCCCUCCUUUGGUAAAAUCAGAUCAAUAAUGCUGCAAUAUUUCCUAACAAACAUAAAGAAAAUGCCGGAAAAUUCUAUUAAAAAAUGCGGUAACCUUAGCCUUGCUUGGAAAAGUGUAUUGAUAUCCUUUCCCAUUAUUUACUCCCUAAUAACUGGUUUCUUUUAGAUUUUUCAGUCUCAAUUAAUGUCUUUAUGUCUUAUCUUUGAUUUUCACUUUAAAGAUAAAGUGGGCGAAAAACAAAAUUUUUGUGUCGAGCUUCCCAUUGCAAAAACAGAGGAAAUGUCAGCCUUUUUUUUAAUUCCUUGAAAACUUUUUUUACGAGAGCGUAACAAAAUUGUUAAAUUACAAUUUUUUUAAGAAUUAUUCUGUCAAAAUUUCAAAAGCAUAUACCGUUAUUAUCAGAUUUGGCAUCACCAUCAACAUUUUUUAAAGUACGCUUUUUUUAUUCUCUAUCAGGAUAAGAAUUGUGGAAUAAAUCAAAAUUAUAAUACCAGUAAA